GGGAAUUUCCUCCCCCCCUCGAGUAGUUCUCCCUGCGGCCCUCAGACACCUAGGCAUCUGGAUCUUCGACCGUCUACAGGGGUGGGAGCGGGACUUAACCCACUGGUAUAAUGUGCUGGCUGAAGGACUAAGGAACAGACUGUAGCUACUGGAUAAAUGUUAAGGAAUUAGCGGGGAAGGACAGGGAAAGCGGCAGGUGAAUUGCAGGUUGCAAGAAGUCAGUUCCCUCGCCAAGGUAAAGCAGCCCAGGGUCACAACAAGGACUGUUAGCUUUACUCCUACAGCCCACCUGACCACUUCAUUUCCACUAGAGGCUCCGCCCCCACCCCCAUUCCUGUAGUGGUAUCCUAUAGCAACUGCUGUGCUCUGUUUGGGGUAGUGCUUGGAAUGUAUUCAGUCAGUGGUUGGAGAGUGAGACAGAGCGGUAGCUGCUGCAGCAGCACGUCGGGCCGACUUCAUGAAUAACGCUGCUAAUGGCAACCCAAGAUACAGCAUUACACGCAGAAAAAUCUGAGAGUUCAUGCCAAAAAUACUGCUAUUAUGAUAAUAAGAAACCACAGAGAGCAUUAAUUGAAGCACUUGCUGAAACCAGUGAAAGACUUCUGGAGGAUGACCAGAAAUCCAUAGAAUGGCUGAUUGGAGAUGGAUGGGAAGAAGCUGUAUGUGGCUGGGGUACGCUCUCUCCAGCUGUUGGUCUAUUUCCUCGGAAGAAAACAAGGAAGCACAAAUUGUUGGAUAAUGUAAGCUGUCUCAUUUGCUUAGAUAUAUGUCAAAGCGCAGAAAGUAAAAAUGGGACUCCGGAUAGAAAAACCUCAGCAGAAUCCCUUCAAGAAAAAUUGGCAUCCAAUAAUUUUCUCACAGAUUUUGAUCUUCAGCCUACAGAGAAAGACAAAACUUUCAGCAAAACAGAUCACUGCUAUUCAGCUGCAACGGUUACCAAAACAGAAACGGAUUGUGACAAAGUAUCCAGUGCUGAUGUAUUCACUGGAGAACAAACACCAAGUAAACAAAGCUAUUCUGAAAGCUGCACAUCUUUAAUGGUGAUGAAGGAAAUAAACAUUACCCCCUCUGUUUCAUUGUGUGCAAACUGCUGCAAUACUAAAGACUUGCCCGUUGUGCUACCUCCUCUGAAAGCACCUGCUGGCACUGUGCAUAUGGAUCUAAUGUUAAAAAACAAAAGUAUCCCAGUUCAGCAAUUUGAAAAGCUACCCUCAAAGACCUUACUAGGAAGCUCUGUAUAUAAUCAAGUUAUUGGCAGUGUAGAUUUAAAAGGAGAUAGACUUGUUGAAUCGAUCUGUGAACUUCAGAAAGAACAGGUUAAAGUAUCACAUCCCUUGUCUUUUCUAACAUCUUGUCUCCAAAAAUCACCUCUGAGAGAUGCAGACCACCUUUACUGGCAAUGUGCAUUUCUAGCAAAUAAAUCGGUUGCUAACCCCGCUAUCUUAAAACAAAACAGUAACAUUUCUGCUAUGGGGUUUUUGCACACGAGAGCAACACAAAACAAGCGCAGUAUCAGACACCUUAAUGAGAUGAAGUCAAAAAUUAGACCAAAGUCAGGAGCCACCGCUUUUCUUGACAGCCCUCUUCUACCUUCGAUAACUGUAACUAGGGUAGCAAUACCAGUUGCUAACAGACCUUUGUAAAUAGCUUAACGAACGGUGUUUCCUGGAAGCUAAAAUUUAACAGCUGUUAUACACUUCUUGUAUGCUCUUUAGCAACUAAACUUAUGGGGCAGAUUUAUCAAAAUGGGAAAUAAGAGUUUACCACAGAAAAGUUCACCCACUCUAUAUUCAUUCCAAUGGGAUUUUUAGAAGUGUAUUUAUUCAUGGGUGAAAGUUAAUUUACCUUCUGAUAAAUACUUUUCUAAAAAUAUAGUGGGUACAUUUUUAUGUGGUGAACUUUAAUUUCACCUUUUGAUAAAUCUGCCUCUUAGUGGCGUAUUGAUUAUUUGUUUAAGAAACUACCUCCAUUAUCUGUAUAGUCUGUCUGUUCCAAUAAAAGUGCUAUUGUUAAAAUGGUA